AUGGCUCUUAUUGUGGCCACAUUUUCUAAGGCUUCGAGAGCUGCUAACUUUGCUUCCACUUCUUCUCAACAUGGGAUUGGUAGGAGACCAACUUUAAUUAGUUGGAGAACACCCUCCCAUGGUUGGAUUAAAGUGAAUAUUGACUAUAGUUUCAAAUCUGAUGUUGUUGGUAUAGGUGGCCUGUUUCGUGAUACUAAUAGGAAAUGCCUAGUUUUUCUUGCAUCACCAUGUAAUGCCUAUACCCCCUUGGAAUCAGAAACAUAUGCUGUGUUGGCAGCUAUGCAAGUUGCUAUAUAUUUUCAUUUAUCUAAUGUCGUUAUUGAGAUUGAUUCUAAAAGUUUGUUUAACAUUUUAACGGGGAACUUGAUGCCCAAUUGGUAUCUCAUCACUUUGCUGAAACCGAUUAAGACUAUUGUAGAGAUCAAUCAUCUUAAUAUUCAAUACAAAUUCAUACAUAGGGAAGGCUAUUGCUCUGCAGAUUGGUUGGCUAAAAGGGGGCAAACUGGUAUUGUUAUUGGAUUUAAUCCUCCUCUUGCUCUAUACAUACUUAUGCACGGUGACUUAAUUGAGGCACCUUUUAUUCGGGCAUAG